AUGGGAGCAUUAUCUUCCUUGUCCUCUCAAUUGAUACUACGCUACAUCUUCCGAUCACCACCACCACCACCACCACCCACUUCUUUCUCUGUCUUCAAACCCCUCCACGCGACGUCGCUUCGUACCACCUCGGCUUUCUUCUCUUCUCUCUCAUCUCCCCCAUUUCUCUUCUCCUCACCCUCUAUUUCUCUAUCCUCACCCCCUCCAUUUCCUCUGUGUCUCUGUAACCCCCAAACACUCGUCGAAAACCCAAUCAACACCGUUGAAACGUACGAAGAUGAUAGUGAUUACGGUGAACUUGAAAGUGGGGACGAAGAUUUUGAAUCGGAGAAAGAGAAUUUGAACAGGGUUUUGGAUUCUUCGGUUUCGGGAGCCGACAAAGUAUCGGUGUCGAAGUUGCCGAGUCUUACUGUGAAGGAAAAGAAAGAGCUGGCUUCUUAUGCUCAUAGUCUUGGCAAGAAGCUCAAGUCUCAGCAGGUGGGCAAGUCUGGUGUGACUGAUUCUGUUGCAACGUCGUUGAUCGAAACCCUUGAAGCCAAUGAGCUCCUCAAGGGCUCCAAACUUUUUUCGGGCUUCUUUGCUGUGCGUAUGUCAGAACAUUGUACAUUGGAAGUGGUGAAGCUUGGAUUGGGGUUACAUCCCUCUAAUUGUGCCAUGCUGUGUGGCUUGAAACAUUGUACAUUGGAAGUGGUGAAGCUUGGAUUGGGGUUACAUCCCCCUAAUUGUGCCAUGCUGCCCAGUCUGGCCAAGUUGAAGGCAGAGGAGAAAAAAAAACAGGCUAAGAGAGUUUUUGCUAAAAGACAACUGGCAUCGAAUCCCUCAUUACAGACUAUUGCUGAGUCUGUUGUGUCUUUGGGAAAUAUGCAGAAUCAAGGACAAGGACAGAGAGGCUCUGCUCGGGGUCGCCGUGGAAUUAGCAGAUUUUGA